AUCACGAUUUAUGACUGUUGGUUUAAUUAUUGUUAUCAAAGCAUCGCUUAAAAUUAAACACAGUAGUAAUACUUAUCCAAUAUUCUGCAUAAUUACAAAAAACCUAGAAUAAUUUAAUAUUUGCAAUUUCUAAAAAGUAAAGAUGUCGCAAUGAUGAAACUCAUGAUCAUAUUUCUGGUUACCAUCGUCACUCCAGCGUUGUGCCAAUACGCUAUUCAAACCGGCCUGCGCCCCGACGUCAGGUUCGGCGAAGGCAACGACAGGUUUGACAUCACCAACCUCAUCCGACAAGAAAAGAAGCAUUUUAAACCUAAUCUAGACUCGCAGUCUGAAGAAUUUAGACGAAGGUCUAAACCACGAGACAAAAAGAAAUAUUAUAAAGCAAACGAAAACGAUCUUCCAUGGCCUAAAUUACUGAAUACCGAAACUGGGAGAAGUAUUUUAAGAAACAGAAUAAAGAAUAAACUUGAAGACCAUGUCAACAAUCUCGCUAAUACGGUUAUACACAAGAUUAGAGGCAUGCGACGGAAUGAGGAGUUUGCGUAUCAUGACGAUAUGAAUAGCGAAGGUGAUGGGGAAGACUUUAAUACCAACCUUAGAGCAUUUGACCACGUUCAGGAUUUUAAUGAUGAUGAAAAUGAUUAUGUACGAAGACAAAAUCGUUUGCAAGAUAUUGUCAAUAAGUUGCAUGGGACAAAUCAAACUCGGCGGAUGGCGAUGGAUCCCGAGAAAGAAAUAUUGUUUCACUACGCGUUCCCCGUUGAUAUGAAGAUUGAAGGGUUUUUGCAAGCGCCUGUAAAUUAAAUGAACUGAUUCGUUAAAAAAAGAGAGAGUUCGUUUGUU